AUGACGCAGUCAGGAGUAAUCUCCAGUAGUAGUACUCCAAUAUUCAAAGAUCAACCAGCAGCAAUCGUCCGCCGAUCAGGAAACUACAAACCCACAUUGUGGGAUGCUCAUUUUUUCCAAUCACUCCAAGUCAUAUAUACGGAGGAAAGCUAUGGGAAAAGAAUCAAUGAGCUGAAAGAAGAUGUGAGAAGACUUCUUGAGAAGGAGAGUGAAAAUCCUUUAGUUAAGCUUGAACACAUCAAUGAUUUGAGCAGACUUGGAAUAUCUUAUCACUUUGAAGAUCAAAUUAAGACAAUAUUAAACCUGACAUUUAACAAUAAUAAUGCAUUGUGGAAGAAAGAUAAUUUGUAUGCCACUGCUCUUCAUUUCAAACUCCUUCGACAAUAUGGAUUUAGUCAUGUAUCUUCAGAGAUUUUCAAUGCCUUCAAAAACGAGCAAAAGGAGUUCAAAGAGAGUUUGAGUAAGGAUGUGAAAGGAAUGGUAUGUCUAUAUGAGGCUUCAUUCUAUUCAUUUAGAGGUGAACCCAUAUUAGAUGAAGCAAGAGACUUCACAACCAAACAUCUCAAACAAUACUUGAUGACAAGGCAAAGUCAAUUUACUAGAGUUGACCAUCAUGAUGAUGAUGAUCAUGAUCUUGUGAAAUUGGUAAAGCAUGCCUUGGAUCUUCCACUCCAUUGGAGAUUGCCAAGAUUGGAGGCUAGGUGGUUUAUUGAUAUGUAUGCUGAAAGGAAUUAUGAUAUGAAUCCAACUUUUCUUGACUUUGCUAAACUUGACUAUAACUUCGUUCAGUCAGCAUAUCAAAAAGAGCUCAAAUAUAUUUCAAGGUGGUGGAGUGGUUCUAGAUUGACAGAAAGGCUACCAUUUGCUAGACAGAGUAGUGGAAAUUUUCUAUUCUGCAGUGGCAUUGAAAUAUGA